UAUUUAUUUUUCCAGUAUUUUUUGUGUAAUGUAGGCUUAACGUAGGUAUAUUUUUGUAACCCAGUGUCAUACAAUUGUGCAUAUAAUAGUGUUAUAAAAUUUAAUUAUUUAUGUACAUACAUGUUUAAAAUUUACAUUAAUGUCGCACUGCGUAAUUAUUUAAUUUUAAUAGUAAUAUUUUUCACAAUUUGCUGCAUUUUUAGUAAACAUGAGCUUUUUAUUUGGCAGUCGUUCAAAUAAAACAUUUAAACCAAAGAAAAAUAUUCCUGAAGGAACACAUCAGUAUGACUUGAUGAGACAUGCUGCAGCCACAUUAGGAUCUGGCAACUUAAGACUCGCAGUGAUGCUGCCCGAUGGGGAAGACCUCAAUGAAUGGGUUGCUGUCAAUACGGUGGACUUCUUCAACCAGAUUAACAUGCUGUAUGGUACUAUCACGGAGUUCUGCACGGAAGAGUCAUGUGCAGUGAUGUCUGCCGGCCCCAAGUACGAGUACCACUGGGCGGACGGACACACGGUGAAGAAGCCCAUCAAGUGCUCAGCACCGAAGUACAUCGACUACCUGAUGACGUGGGCGCAGGACCAGCUUGAUGAUGAGACGCUAUUCCCGUCCAAGAUAGGUGUGCCGUUUCCGAAGAAUUUCCUACCGAUGGCGAAGACAAUCCUGAAGCGGCUGUUCCGAGUGUACGCGCACAUCUACCACCAGCACUUCCCCGAGGUCGUGCAGCUCGGCGAGGAGGCGCAUCUCAACACCUCCUUCAAACACUUCAUCUUCUUCGUUCAGGAGUUCAGCCUGAUAGAGCGCCGCGAGCUGGCGCCGCUGCAGGAGCUUAUCGAGAAACUGACCGCCAAGGAGGCGCGGUGAACGACCGGCAGGGGGGGGGGAACACAUCUGACACCUGUAAAUACUGACGACAACUCUACGGUCGUAAUAACCAUUGUGAUCGUUUUUAUAUAUAAUAAUUUAAUGGUAGUGUACAUUUUGUAUGAAUUUAUUUAAAUAUCAAUUGAUAGAAAUAUAAUAGCGAGCUGUUUAUCAGUAAGUGAAUAUAUUUUGACCAAUAUUGUUGUUUG